CAUUUGGAGCUGAUUUGGAGUAAUGCGAGGCAAAGAGGGGUGCAGAGACACACGACAGUCGGGAUAAUACUUGUUAAGCUUCAACUUUUUAUGUUUUAAGAUUUGAAUAACUACUUCGCGUAUUUUAAAUAUAAAUGUGGUUAACGUCAAACUGUAUUUUGAGUGCCUAAUGAAGACGGCUGUAGAGGACCAAAACUUCGUUCAGGGAAGCUAAGUUACGUUGCUAUGUAGCUCACUUAACAACAAGCUGAAGCCGUUACUGCACCAAAAUUAAAAUACGUUCAUAUUUGAAAGUGUUAUUGGAGACUUUAUUUUUAUCCAUGCAUAUAAAUUUUAUUUAGCGCCUGUGCUUUACAUGCACAUGCUGUCUGCGGAUACGUUAGCGUUACUUGGUUAGUUUGUAGUUAAAGUAUUAGAUAAUCAAGUUUUGUCUAGGUUGGUAAUGUCAGCAUCACCUGUGAACUCAUCCCGGGUCAGACGCAACAAUGACGGGUCCCCCAUCAACACCUCCUCUUCCUCCUCCUCCUCCCCAGCAGCAGCAGCAGCAUCAUCAUCCUCCGCCGGUAACGGCAGUGGCAACACGAGCCGGUUGCAGCCCAUUCGCGCCACGGUGCCCUACCAGCUCCUGCGUGGAAAUCAGCAGCACAGUCCGACCCGCCCUCCCGCUCCCUCCUCCAUCUCAGUCGGGAGUAAUACAGAACCGACAGCAUCAGCCCAGCACUGCGGCUCCAGUCCUGGCAGCCCGACGCUCGCCAGUCCGGCAGGAAGCGGCUCGCUGGACGGUCGGCUGAUCCCGCGGCAGAGGCGAUCUCCACCGGAGCACAGGAGCUCGCCCGAGUGCUGUCCUCAUUCACCUGUGCUUAGAGUUGAGAGGUCAAAGUCACAACAGGUGUGGAGCACAGGUGCUAUCAGAAGGACUUCCUCUCUGGGUGCUAUCACCGGGCCCUACCUGAUAGGGCAGUGGCCUCGCGAAUCCCACCUGCACAACCUCCCAUGCAUGAAAGACAAGUCUACGCAGACUCCUGGAUGUUGGAGUGACGAAAUCAGAGAGCAAAGAAGCACACACCAGCGCUCUGCAUCCUGGGGCAGCGCCGACCAGCUUAAAGAGAUUGCUAAGCUCAAGCUCCAUCUGCAGCGUAGUAAACAGGGUGGAGGCCGGCAGUGUAAGGACAGUAAAGAGCGUCUGUCCCCUCUCUACAGCUGUACCAUCACUGCCACUAGCAUCAGCACAGCCAGCCAGCCAUCCAUGUCGAAGUCAGCACAGAUGCCACUGUCCAACAUCACAGUGCCAAAGCCCUCCAUCUCCAGAGUUCCCAGCAGCAUGGAGGGCAUCAACCAUGAGCUGGAGAAGGUCUUCAUCAAAGACAAUGGAGAUAAAGAGGAACUGAAGGCACUGGAGGUUCCUGAUGGGCGAAGGGCUCCAUUUCCACCACAGCGUAGCAGCAGCAGUCGCGGUGUGGACGGGCAGACGCCAUCUGCACCCGGACGCUCCAGUAGUUGCUCCAGCCUGUCACCGUGCCCCUCGCCGGCAUGCCCGCCCCGAUCACAUGACGGCAGCCCAUACUCCACCGAUGAGAUGCUGGACGACAGAGACAAAGAUAGCGGCAGCAGUUCACCUCUGCCCAAGUUUGCAUCAUCUCCAAAACCCAACAACAGCUACAUGUUUAAACGAGAACCACCAGAGGGCUGUGAGAAGAUCAAAGUGUUUGAGGAAAUGACGUCUAGACAAUCAGCCACCGUCCCCCUCUUCUCCUGCCCUGACAAAAACAAAGUCAAUUUCAUCCCCACCGGCUCUGCGUUCUGCCCGGUCAAGCUCCCCGGAUCCCUGCUCCAGCAUUCCAGCUCCCAGCAGGAGGACGAGGAGAGACAGGACCCACAGGCGGGCCCCAGCUCAUCAUGCCCCCUCGCCCCUCACCAUCACCACAUGCCCACUCAGGUCUCAACCAGCACGAGCACAGACGACCCUCCCGAAUCACUCGCCAUUUCACCAUCCCAACAGCAGGAGGCGCCCACGCAAUCACCUUCCCAGCCUCAAAACUUUGAAGUCAGUUAAGCGCGCAGAGCUGGUCUCUGCCGCUACCCCGCCACUGCGCCUCCCCAUCACAGGCUGUGUAGAGGACCGUUACCCCGUCCCUCCUCUCUCUCUUCUCUUUGAUGGACCCCACCUUUGUGCUGAAUCUUUCCUAUCUGCAUGGCAUUGCAACUGUGACCCGAACAAGAAAUCGCCAAUGUGUUCAGAGCGAGUGCUGGUGGAUAAAGCAGAAGGAUUCGAGUAUGUGGCAAUGCCACACUUUGUGAUUCGGCAGGAAAUGCAUCAGCAGGAUGCAUUGUGGAAAAAGCUCCACAGACUUUAGUAUAUGCAAAUAAAAAAUCAAAAUGGCUUCACUGUUAUCUUAAACGAAACAAAGAUUUGAUCGAGCUUAAGAGUCUCAUAACCAAUUCUUAUUUAUUAAAUUUGCCUAUUAGUAAGUUCGAUCACAUUCCAGAUAUUCACCUUUUGCUUUUUAAGUGUCAUACAUAUAUAUAUACAGAUGUGAAUGCGUUUGCUGGUACGUUUUAAUUUCGACAUCGAUCCCGAGCAACUCGCACAGCUGUUUUCAAACGCAGCUUUGCUUUCGUGUGUGCUUAAAAUUUAAGCAAAGUGGCUUUCGUACGAGCACUAUAAUCGGAGGCGUUUUCUUGAUUUAUGAGGAAAAACUGAUUCAAGGUCUUUCUAGCGUCAGGGCAUGCAUUUGAAGUUGAUAGUAUGUUUAACAUUACAUGUUUCGUGUUCUCUUUCAACAUCCACAGUAUGAAUAAGCUCUCUCUCUAUCAAUAUAAAUAUAUAUAUAUCUAUAUAUGAAAAAUCUAUAUAUAAAGAAAAAAAGCUUGUUUGAAUUUAAAGCCGUGUAUUGCUGUGUUCUGUACAUUUUAGAAGAUGAGCUGUUCUCCACAGGUUUAUGUUUAUACUUUAUCCAGGUGUCCGACCUUUUAAGAAAAUCACAGAAAGAGUCCACAUUUUUCUUUUUACAUUUAUUGCCCACCUUUGGCCUCGUUUCAGGUGCAUCGCUUGAUGUUUAAACUCAGGUAAUUCAGAAUGUACAUCCCCACAUUCAUAUUUGGCUCGACAUCUUUCAAUGCUCAUUCAAUCAUUUCUUGCAUUUCACAAUGAUAUCCACCUGUGGUUUCCCACCUCCCAAUCUGCUGAUAUGUUUUACAUUUGGUGACAUUCUGUAUUGGGUGGUGCUGUUUGGAUGAUGUAAAGUGCACUGUUAGAAAAAAAAAUCAAAAUGUGUACCCUUUUAAACAGUACAAUUUUGUUCAUAUCUGACCCUGAAACACAAAACCAGUCAUAAGUCACACGGGUAUAUUUGUAGCAAUAGCCAACAAUAUAUUGUAUGGGUCAAAAUUAUCAAUACAUUUUAUGCCAAAAAUCAUUGGGAUAUUAAAUAAAGAUCAUGUUCCAUCAAGAUAUUUUUUAAUUUCCUACCAUAAAUAUAUUAAAAAAUGUAUUUAUCAUUAUUAAUAUGUGUUGCUUAGGUCUUUAAUUAGACAUCUUUAAAGGCGAUUUUCUCAAUCUUUUUUUUUUUUGCACCCUCAAAUAGUUGUACAUUGACCAAAUAUUGUCCUAUCCUAUCUUUGUAAUAUUUAUUUAGUUUUCAGAUUAUGAAUAUAUCUCAAUUUAAAAAAACAGACCUUUAUGACUGGCAUAUCUGUACACUCUAAAAACAAACGGUGCUAAAUAGCACUAAAAGUGGUUCUUGGCUCGUAAUCAUAGAGGAACCAUUUUAAGUGCCAUAUAGCACCUAUGUAGUAUCUGUGUCGAACCAUAUUGUGCUAUGUAGAACAAUAUGUUCUAUAUCUAUAGGUGCUAUAGUGGUGCUAUAUGACCCCCAAAUGGUUCUUUAUGUAAGGAAUAAUUGACGACGCGCAUUGAAUUAUAAGAAAAUAAUGCACACCCAAGGUGCAAAGCGGAGUGCCGUUACACCGUGGGUGUGCAUUAUUUUCAAAUAAUUCAAAGGACCGUCGUCAAUUAUUCCUUUUAUACCACGGUUACCACAAACAUUGCUCUGGUGCCUAAUUUUAAGACAUUUGAGAAGUUAGGUGUGCGGUUAUCAGAAAUUAUUGCAUACCCACGGAACAUUUCUCAGCCAAUCAGAAUACAGCAUUCAACAGACCCGUGGUAUAAAGGUGCUAUAUAGCACUAAAAAUGGUUCCUCUAUGAUUACGAGCCAAGAACCACUUUUAAGUGCUAUUUAGCACCGUUUGUUUUUAGAGUGAUACAUAUUAGGAGACUCUUUAAGGGUACUGCCCCAUGCAUUGACACCUGGGGUACAUGUUUUGACAUUUUUUUCAAAAAGUGUAUGAUUAGAUGCAUGCGUGAGGGACUGAGAAAAGUUUGAUCAGGUUGGAUCGAUAAUGUUGUUUUCAAGACUGUAAAGCUUGAAACUACAUUCCAGGUCACAGGUUCAUUUCCUGUAUUGAUGUUGACAUGUUAUUUACCUUCUUCAUUCAGACAUCACAUGGAUACUGAAUAACAAUACCAAACUGGAGCUGAUAACAAUCCCAAAUAAAAGCGUGAGUGUCAUAAAGAA